AAAAAUUUAUCAACUUGGAAUGAGUCUUGGUGGGGAUCGGGCGAAGUAUAUGAUUCAUCGGGCACCUAGUAGCCGGCCGGAUGGCCGGUCAAAUUUUCUUUGAGGUUCGGAUCUAAUACGACCCAAUCCGUUUCCGGCGCCGAGUGGCUGGCCGGUAACCGGCGGGGGGCAGGCGGGGGAAGGAAGCGCGCGAAGAUAAAAAUGAGCGACUUACCUUGCGCGGCAAGGUUUUGAACAUCGUCGGACGCGACCAUCACUGUCGUCCGUCGUGGUCGUUCGUCGUGCGUGUGGCUGAAGAGGGCCACGCCGCCCGGCUGGUUCCGUCCUUUCGCAGCCUGAGAUCGCGCGUGAAGAUGUGGAAGGAGAUUCCUGCAGGUUAAUCGGUGCUUGUUUUGUUUCCACCUACUUCAGAGUUUCUAGUCUCGUGGCCAAUUAUUGAACCACCUUUCGGUUUUCCAGCGUUUGAAGUGAAGGGAAACCGUCUUUUUCGUUGUCUUCUCGAUAGAGUCAUCUGCACCAUGAAAGAUCUCGGCAACAUCUUCAGCGUUCUUAGCUUGGACGUUGGAGACGACAAGGAUCAAACGGCCGUUGGCGCGCCUACGGAUGCACGGAAGCAGUCAGGGAAGAAAAAACCAGUAAACGUGCAGAUUUCUGAAGCAGAUGAAGAAUGCCCACCAGCGGAGGGAUCUUCAGAAAGAUUCAGGUCACCUCUUGUGUGGAUUGACUUGGAAAUGACUGGUUUGAAUAUUGAUGUUGAUAGGAUUUUGGAGAUUGCAUGCAUUAUAACAGAUGGGAAAUUAACUCAUUUGGCUGAGGGUCCAGACUUGAUAAUCCACCAGUCAAAGGAAUGCCUUGAUAACAUGGGAGAGUGGUGUCAGAACCAUCAUUCUGCAAGUGGGUUGACAGAGAAGGUGCUCGCCAGCACUGUUACUGAAGCAGAUGCUGAGACACAGGUGAUAGAUUUUCUUAAAAGUCAUAUUGGAGGCAGUUAUCAGCCAAUGUUGGCUGGCAAUUCCAUUUACGUUGACUUCGAAUUUCUCAAGAAAUACAUGCCUGAUUUGGCUGCUAUGUUCUCUCACGUGCUUGUUGAUGUUAGCAGCGUGAAUGCAUUGUGCUUUCGUUGGUAUCCUAAAGAGUAUCGGAAGGCACCUAGAAAGCAAAAGAAGCAUAGGGCCAUGGACGACAUAAAGGAAAGCAUAAUGGAACUGAGAUACUUUAAACAGAAUAUUUUUAAAGGAUCUAAGAAGUGACAGUACUUACUACCAUACUGUUCCUUUUGUCUUAGUUAUUCUUACAAAUGGCUAAUAUCGCAACUACUAAUGAUGCUGUGAUUAUGUCGACUACUAAAUGAUGCUAUCAGCAAUCAUUGUCAAAGUUGAUGAUUAAUGCUCUCUGUUUCAGUUUGGUUGUGUCUAGAGGUUUGGCUUUUAUUUA